AUGGGCUGUCCUCCACGAGAAAGCUUCCAAAUCGGAUGGAUAUGUGCGCUGCCGAUCGAAUUCGCCGCAGCUCUGGAGAUGCUAGAUGAAAACUUCGGCCUUCUCGAUUCGCAAGAAAUUUCCGACUCCAAUACCUACACCUUGGGCCGAAUCGGGAAGCACUCUGUGGUGAUCGCCUGCCUACCCGCAGGGCAAUAUGGCAACACUUCGGCCACUACUGUCGCAAACAAUAUGCUCCGCACAUUCUCCAAGUCACUCCGCGUCGGGUUUAUGGUGGGUGUUGGAGGCGGAAUUCCGUCAAAAGCUCAUGAUGUACGACUCGGUGAUGUUGUGAUCAGCUGCCCGGAAGGCACUAUCGGGGGUGUGGUCCAAUAUGAUAUGGGAAAGGUUGUCCCAGGUGGUCGAUUCAAUCGAACGGGGUCUUUGAAUAGUCCUCCUAGACCAUUGCUAACGGCACUUAGCUCGUUGAGGGCUGCCGAAUUUCGAGAUGAACCUCGUUUCCUGGAAUAUUUCACUAGGGCGACUAAAAGGAACGCACGAACCCGCAAAAGCUUUAGCCGACCUAAUAUAGAACAGGAUCGACUAUUCAAGCCAGAGCACGACCACCCGGUGACUGCAGAAAACUGUGAUAGUUGUCUGGCAGUAUGGGAAGAAACGAGAUGUGAACGCGAAAGUCGUGACCCUCAAUCACACUACGGUAUCAUUGCAUCUGGAAACUCUGUUAUUAAGGAUGCAUAUACCCGAGAACAGCUAAUGCUAGAGACUGGGGCAUUAUGUUUUGAGAUGGAGGCAGCUGGGUUGAUGCUUGACUUUCCUUGCAUUGUGAUUCGCGGGAUUUGCGAUUACGCCGAUUCACAUAAAAACAAAUGCUGGCAAGGAUACGCAGCUUUAGUAGCGGCAUCGUAUGCCAAGGAGCUACUAGGGUAUAUCCCAGUAGGCCAAGUCUCGCAAGAGAACUUAGCGGUGGAUAUGUGUAAAGAAUUAAAGGAUGAAGUUCAAGGAACGAAUAAACGCCUAGACUCAGCAUAUAAGCAACGAGAACAACAUCACCGUGAAAAGGCUUCAAGAGCUUUAACAAUUCAGCAGCAGCGUUGUCACCAAAUUUUCAAGAUAUCUAAUUAUACGCAACAAAAGGACAUCAAUCCAAGCAAAGCAGAAAGUACCUGUCAAUGGGCUCUACAGAGCGAUGAAUAUAUACGCUGGUUACAGAGCCGCUUUAAUGAUCUUCUCUGGGUGUCAGCUGAUCCAGGUUGUGGAAAGUCUGUUUUGGCUAAGUCGCUCGUUGAUGACUACUUAACCUCCUCGAGUUCGGAAGUGGUAAUUUGUUACUUCUUUUUUAAAGACAAUGAUGAGCAAAAUACUCUUGCUAGAGCAUUAUGUGCAAUACUCCAUCAACUUUUCAGCCAACGCUCUGAUCUUCUACACCAUGCAAUGGCUUCGUGGGAAAAGAACGGAGAGAGUCUACAGCAAGAAGUUGAUGAACUUUGGCGGAUAUUAAUGACAGCAACAUCAACAUCAACAGAGAUACAAUACAAAACUGUCUGCAUCCUCGAUGCACUUGACGAAUGCCGCGAAGCAGAUCAACGCUGGUUGAUUCAAAGACUAAAGGACUUCCACAACCAGCCAUUUAUAUCUACCCGGCCUACGUGUUUAAAAUUCCUCCUGACCAGUCGUCCAUAUCAGGCCAUUCAGCAUGGCUUCCAGGACAUCACAGAUUCAUUUCCGCAUCUACACCUCAAGGGGGAAGAAGAGAACGAUCAAAUACACAAGGAGAUAGAUCUCGUCGUCAAGAUAAGAGUGGAUGAACUAGCGAAACUAGCACAGUUACCAUGCGAUAUACAACAGCGGCUUGAGCAACAACUUCUCCAAAUGGAACACCGCACAUAUCUUUGGUUAUAUUUGGCUAUGGAUGAUAUUCAAAAUACUUUCCAAAAUAGCGUCCGACCUGCCGAGGAAUCAAUUCGCCUGAUCCCGAAUUCGGUUAAUGCAGCAUAUGUCAAGAUUCUUGGCCGAAUCCCGACAGACCAGGUGGAUAUAGUGAAAAAGAUCUUACAAAUUGUUGUCGCUGCACGGCGUCCUUUGACGACAAGCGAGAUGGCUAUGGCGUUAGAUAUGGCCAGUCGCUCGCGAUCACGAGUUCCAGAGCUGGCUCGAAUAGACCCGUUUCACUUGGGUAAGAAGCUUCGACAGUUAUGUGGUCUUUUUGUCUUUAUCAACAACUCGAAGAUAUAUCUCAUCCACCAGACGGCGAGAGAUUUCCUUGUUGGUAAGGAGACUAUUGAGACUACUCACUCGCUUGAUCUUGCCUUUCCCUGGAGACUCAGAGACCCCGACGAGCAAAUGGCUCAUAUCUGUUUGCGAUACUUGUCUAUGGACGACUUAGAAAACAAAAAGACCACGCCAUUCUGUAAUACUUCAAGCUUUUUGGAAUAUUCCGCGGUUUAUUGGCCAGAUCAUGUACGAAACAUGUCUUCGACUGAAAGCCAAGAGCUACAAGACUUACUACAUCAAGUCUAUAACACAACGGCCCCGCGGUUCUUUCUCUGGUUUCCUACCUUUUGGAAGGUAGCCAUGCCAUGGGUGACAAUGCCUAGUCCGAGUGCAAUACAUCUUGCAGCCCUGAAUGGGCACCAAAAUGAAGUACUAUACUUGCUUGAUAAAGAUGAAAGAAGUGUAAGUCUCACAGACACUACGGGUUCAUAUCCGUUGACGUGGGCGUCACUGAAAGGACAUUAUGGUGUCGUACGCCUAAUGAUUACUCACGGAGCCGAUGUCAACGCUCGUGGCGGUGACUACGGCAGUGCCUUAGUUGCUGCCUGUUCUGAAGGUCAUUACAAAGUUGCAAAACUUUUGUUAGAGCGCGGAGCCGAAUUGAAUGCUCAGGGCGGCUACUAUGGGAAUUCUCUACAGGCUGCUUGCUCCAAAGGGCACAACAAAAUUGUAUCUAUGUUGUUAGAGCAUGGAGCCAAUGUGAACGCUGAUAGGGGACUAUGGGGAAAUGCCCUUUAUGAUUCUUCCUCCAGAGGACACACGAAGACUGUGCAGAUACUAUUAAAACAUGGAGCGGAAGUGAAUAUCUUUGGAGGAAAACACUACAGUGCUCUUCAAGCAGCUACUUUUGAAGGGCAUGAUGAGAUCGUGCAGAUGCUGCUAGUGCAUGGAGCUGAUUUCGAUGCCCCGGUUAUUCUCCAGACUGCCUGUUCUAGAGGACACGACAAGACCGUACAGAUGCUGCUCGAGCAUGGAGCUGAUGUCAAUGCCUCGGAUGUGCUUUGGCUUACCUGUUAUAGAGGAAAUGUUAAGAUCGUGCAGGUGCUGCUCGAGCAUGGAGCUGAUGUCAAUGCCUCGAAUGUGCUUUGGCUUACCUGUUCUAGAGGAAAUGUUAAGAUCGUGCAGGUGCUGCUCGAGCAUGGAGCUAAUGUUAAUGCCUUGGAUGUGCUCCAGACUGCCUGUUUGAGAGGACAUGACAAGGUCGUACAGAAGCUGCUCGAGCAUGGAGCUGAUGUCAAUGCCUUUAAAAUGCUUAAGACUGCUUGUGAUAAAGGAAAUAUUAAGAUCGUGCAGGUGCUGCUCGAGCAUGGAGCUGAUGUCAAUGCGCGGAGUGAAGACUACGAAAGAUUGCUCCUGGACGCUUGUUAUCAAGGAUAUGAUGAGAUCGUGCAGAUCCUGCUAGAACAUGGAGCUGAUGCCAAUGCCUUGAAUGCGCUCCGAAUUGCUUGUUAUAAAAGACAUUUUCAGAUCGUGCAAAUCCUACUAGAGCAUGGAGCUGAUGUCAAUGCCUCAGACGUGCUUUUGACUGCUUGCGAUGAAGGACAAGUUAAGAUCGUGCAGGUGCUGCUCGAGCAUGGAGCUGAUGUCAAUGCCACGGAUGUGCUUGGGACUGCUUGUGAUAAAGGACAUGUUAAGAUCGUGCAGGUGCUGCUCGAGCAUGGAGCUGAUGCCAAUGCCCAGAGUGGGUACUACGGAAGCCCGCUCCAGGCCGCUUGUUCUACAGGGCAAGACAAAAUUGUGCAGAUGCUGCUUGAGCAUGGAGCUGAUGUCAAUGCGCAGGUUGGGACUGAUGGAAGCGCGCUCCAGGCUGCUUGGUCUCAAGAACAUGACGAGAUCGUGCAGAUGCUGCUAGAGCGCGGAGCCAAUCAAUGUGAAUCGUCUUACUCUCCUUUCAAAAGGCCUAAAAGAUCAUGA